AUGGAUGAUAGUUCUGAUGACAGCAGUGGUAGUUCUAGUGUUGAGACCGUGAAGGUAGUGAAAGGCCCUGCUAUAAGCGCUGCAGACAGCAGUGGCAGUUCUAGUGUUGAGACCGUGAAGGUAGUGAAAGGCACUGCUAUAAGCCCUGCAGACAGCAGUGGCAGUUCUAGUGUUGAGACCGUGAAGGUAGUGAAAGGCCCUGCUAUAAGCGCUGCAGACAGCAGUGGCAGUUCUAGUGUUGAGACCGUGAAGGUAGUGAAAGGCCCUGCUAUAAGCACUGCAGACGGCAGUGGCAGUUCUAGUGUUGAGACCGUGAAGCGGGUGAAGGUAGUGAAAGGCCCUGCUAUAAGCGCUGCUGGCAGCAUUGGCAGUUCUAGUGUUGAGACCGUGAAGGUAGUGAAAGGCCCUGCUAUAAGCGCUGCAGACAGCAGUGGCAGUUCUAGUGUUGAGACCGUGAAGGUAGUGAAAGGCCCUGCUAUAAGCGCUGCAGACAGCAGUGGCAGUUCUAGUGUUGAGACCGUGAAGGUAGUGAAAGGCCCUGCUAUAAGCGCUGCAGACGGCAGUGGCAGUUCUAGUGUUGAGACCGUGAAGGUAGUGAAAGGCCCUGCUAUAAGCGCUGCAGACGGCAGUUCUAGUGUUGAGACCGUGAAGGUAGUGAAAGGCCCUGCUAUAAGCGCUGCAGACGGCAGUGGCAGUUCUAGUGUUGAGACCGUGAAGGUAGUGAAAGGCCCUGCUAUAAGCGCUGCAGACGGCAGUGGCAGUUCUAGUGUUGAGACCGUGAAGCGGGUGAAGGUAGUGAAAGGCCCUGCUAUAAGCGCUGCUGGCAGCAUUGGCAGUUCUAGUGUUGAGACCGUGAAGGUAGUGAAAGGCCCUGCUAUAAGCGCUGCAGACAGCAGUGGCAGUUCUAGUGUUGAGACCGUGAAGGUAGUGAAAGGCCCUGCUAUAAGCGCUGCAGACAGCAGUGGCAGUUCUAGUGUUGAGACCGUGAAGGUAGUGAAAGGCCCUGCUAUAAGCGCUGCAGACAGCAGUGGCAGUUCUAGUGUUGAGACCGUGAAGGUAGUGAAAGGCCCUCCUAUAAGCGCUGCAGACGGCAGUGGCAGUUCUAGUGUUGAGACCGUGAAGGUAGUGAAAGGCCCUGCUAUAAGCGCUGUAGACGGCAGUGGCAGUUCUAGUGUUGAGACCGUGAAGGUAGUGAAAGGCCAUGCUAUAAGCGCUGCAGACGGCAGUGGCAGUUCUAGUGUUGAGACCGUGAAGGUAGUGAAAGGCCCUGCUAUAAGCGCUGCAGACGGCAGUGGCAGUUCUAGUGUUGAGACCGUGAAGGUAGUGAAAGGCCCUGCUAUAAGCGCUGCAGACGGCAGUGGCAGUUCUAGUGUUGAGACCGUGAAGGUAGUGAAAGGCCCUGCUAUAAGCGCUGCAGACGGCAGUGGCAGUUCUAGUGUUGAGACCGUGAAGGUAGUGAAAGGCCCUGCUAUAAGCGCUGCAGACGGCAGUGGCAGUUCUAGUGUUGAGACAGUGAAGAGGGUGAAGGGUCUCAUCUACACCCUAUUCGAUUAA